CGGAUAAUAUAGAAGGAUGCAACGGUCGGUAAAGUGUAUGGGCCUAAAUUAAAUGACAGCCAGGUAAUCCUUGACUCACUUUCAAUUGCCUAAGAUGACGGACGGGAUUUUGCUGGUUGAGCCGUUUUAUGGGGGAUCUCAUCGGCAGCUGAUCGACUUGUUACAAGCCCACUUUACAGAAUCAGUCAAAGUCACCAUGACCGCAAAAAAAUGGCACUGGAGAGCUCGAACGUCUGCACUACAUCUCAGUCAGGAAAUACCAUACUCCGAUAACUAUAGGGUAUUAUUUGCAAGCAGUGUGUUAAACUUGGCAGAGUUGGUAGCCCUACGUCCAGAUUUGUCACGGCUAAAGAAAAUUCUGUACUUCCAUGAAAAUCAGCUUGUCUACCCUGUUCAGAAAACACUGCAGAGAGAUUUCCAGUUCCCCUAUAAUCAAAUAUUAUCUUGCUUAGUUGCUGAUAAAGUUGUUUUUAACUCACAGUUCAACAUGGACAGCUUUUUAUCCUCCAUCAAUACAGUAUUAAAAAUGACACCAGAUUAUCGACCAAAGGGAUUGCCGGAGAAGAUUCGACCAAAGUGUCAGGUUUUAUACUUUCCACUAGACUUACCUCCAAGAGGAAAAUUUAAACAAAUUACCACAGACAGACAAAGGGAAACUCUAACAUCUACUGAAGAGUGUAUUUCUGAUGAAAAAAUUGUGACCUCUUUAUGUGAAAAAUCUGAUGACAGUGCCUUAAAGGACGACAUCUGUGAUAAGCAUGUACCUGUGUGUUCUAUCGGGGAGAGAGAGCCACCUGACAAAACUUUACAUCCACCAGAUGCCAAGCGACAAAAGACACGACCUCUUCAUAUUGUUUGGGCACACAGAUGGGAGCAUGACAAAGAUCCGGAGACAUUCUUCAGUGCCUUGUUCCAGCUACAAGAGGCUGGGUUAGAUUUCAGGGUCUCAGUGAUGGGCGAGCAGUUCACUGAUAAUCCAGAGAUAUUUUCUGUUGCUAGGGAACGACUGUCAUCAAACAUUGUAGCCUGGGGUUACCAGGAGAAGAAAGAAGAUUUUUACAAGAUAUUGUCAGAAGCUGAUGUAGCUGUCUCCACAGCGUUACACGAGUUCUUUGGCGUUUCUAUGCUGGAGGCUGUGUACUUUGGCUGUUAUCCACUUUGUCCAAACAGACUUGUAUACCCAGAGAUAUUCCCUAAGACUUACCUGUACAACACACCUGUCCAGUUAAUGAAGAAACUAAAGAGAAUGUGUACAGUACCUGAUGAGACAAGGCGUCACACAAUACAGGUUCCAAUAGAGAGAUACCUGUGGCAGAACUGCGCUGAAGAUUUCUAUUCUUUGUUUAAAGUAAAGGCUGCGUAAGAGGAAGUGGAGCAGAGAUGAAUGUUGUCCUAGUAAAGAUGUACCAAUUAAAUGUAUGUGGUUAAACAGUGA